CUUUAAUUCAACAAAAUCUACUUGAACCUUAAGAAAGGGUUAAGGGCCGAUAUUAAAAUAAAAAAGAUUUUAAGGGUCAAAUUAUCUACAUUUACCAAAUUAAACAAAAGAUUAAAGAAAGCUUUAUUAUGCAUAAAAGGUCAUUAUCUCACAAUACAAACCCUUCUCCUCUUGUUGUUUUGUACUCUCCCCAUCUCCGCCGCUUAGGAUGAGACAAACACCAUAACGGGAUGUCCUCACCAUAACGCCGUUAAAUCUGAACCCGUUUCAACACGUGCCCUUCAAAACGGAGAAUUACAAAAGGGAUUAAUUAAAUAAUAUUCCGUUUCAAUGGCUCUGGAACAACAGUUGGGGUUAGCAGUGACCGCCGUUGACGGUGACGGUAACGGUAACGGUAACGGCGGUGGUGGAGAGAACAGUGCGCCAUCCAACGAAGGAGGAGAUGACAGCGUCAAGACGGCGAGACUGCCACGUUGGACUAGGCAAGAGAUUCUGGUGCUGAUCCAGGGAAAGAGAGUGGCGGAGAACAGAGUCCGGCGAGGGAGAGCGGCGGGUAUGGCGCUCGGGUCGGGUCAAAUGGAGCCGAAGUGGGCGUCUGUGUCGUCUUACUGCAGACGUCAUGGAGUGAACCGAGGACCGGUUCAGUGCCGGAAAAGGUGGAGCAACCUCGCCGGAGAUUACAAGAAGAUUAAGGAGUGGGAGUCUCAGGUGAAGGAGGAGACGGAGUCGUAUUGGGUGAUGAGGAACGAUGUUCGCAGAGAGAGGAAGCUUCCUGGGUUCUUCGACAAGGAAGUGUACGAUGUUGUAGAUGGCGGCGUGGUUCCUCCGGCUCUUGCUCUUGGUUUGGCUCCGGCCGCGACGUCGACGUCGGUGGAGCCGGAGGGAGUGUUGUCUGAGUUAGAACGGCGAGAACCGGCGCCUAAUAAGUUGCUUCAGGAUGUUAUAGACAAGGAGAAGCAAGCCGCGUGUGGAGUAGAUGAUCAAGGUAGAGUGAAAGAGAAAGAUGCAGAAGCAGCAAACCCGGAAGCUGGAUCGACAUCACAAGAGGCUAGAAAGCGUAAACGAACAUCUGUUAGUGAAGAUGAAGAAAAAGAAGAAGAAGCCACAAAGAGUAUGGAUAACCAGUUGAUACAGAUACUGGAAAGAAACGGACAGUUACUGGCGGCACAGCUUGAAGUUCAGAAUACAAACUUGAAACUAGACAGAGAGCAAAGAAAAGAUCAUGGUGAUAACUUAGUCGCUGUUCUCAGUAAGCUCGCAGAUGCUGUGGCGAAAAUCGCAGAUAAGUUGUAGAUGUAUAUGUGUAGCUUUGGUCGUAUAUAUUGCUUCCAGAUUACUUCUCAUUAUUAAUCUUUUUUCUUUCUUUUAUUUACCACCAUUAUUGAUUGAAUAUUGAUGCUACCAGAGGGGGCUAUACAUGUUAUAUAAACAUGGAGAUUUAUAAGGUUUUUUAGGCUAUAGCCUGAUUGAGACAUAUAAACAUGAGACAUCAGUUAAUUAUCUUUGUUUUACCGUUUUGACUAACUCAGACACCCCUGAUGGCUCACUAUAGGUGGAUGAUUUGUUGCAUUUUAAACAUAGAUUUUUUUUUUUUUAAUUUUGAGUUCUUGCUUCCUCCGCUAAGAUGAUUAAUAACAUUACAUAUAUUAUAUAUAUAGGAAGAGGCAAUUCAGUAAAAUGCCAAAAGUAUUGGGAGUUUUAACAAAACGAACUCCACGUUCCGUCUCAGUGCUGAUGGGUAACUUGGCAUCAGACAACAGAUGCGUAGUUGAAUGACUGGAGAAAGCUUUGAUUGAAAUGUUCAUCAUGCUUUUGCUUAUUAACCCCCAAAAGUAAAUGUUGUGGAGAAAAGCAAAUUUAUUAAGACAAAACGACCACAUUAAGAUGUUACUUCGCUC